GAGGUUCGCAGGGCGGGCGUCGAUACGUGUUCUCGCGAGACAACGGGGUAAACACUGCACAAAAUGGCGGCGGGCGGCCCUGCGAGCCCAGCGGCAGUACGGUGGGAUUGCAAAAAGCUUUGCUAGUUCUACUGUGGGGUUAUCGUUCCCAUCAAAAAAUGGAAUUUAGGACUCAGCUGUCACAUCCUGAGUAAGAAAAUCCUGUCUUCCAAAAAUGGAGAAAAAGCGUAGAAAGAAAUGAGCCUGUUCACUAGGCUUGACAUCAGAAGACCAUGAAAUCUAGAUUUUUGCUUAUCUUGGACACAACAUUAAGAAUAUCCAGUUCAAUAGCAUUAGCACACUUCAUAGGUACUUUGCACAGCAAAGGCAGCGUUGCAACAAAAAUGAACUAAUUUUUAAAGAAGACAAGUGUGACUUGAAUAUAUGGAGUUUUUGGGAUGAAACUGUAUUCUUUUAGGACCAUGAAGUUUGCAAACAUCUGGUUGGUCCUGAUUGUGAUUUUGCUCUGUGGCAAGAAACAGCUGGGCACCAGAGUAGGAAAUUCUUCCCAGGAGGCCCAUCCUUGUUCUGGAUGCUCUCAUCUUACUUUGAAAGUGGAAUUCUCUUCAACAGUAGUAGAACAUGAAUACAUUGUGGCUUUCAAUGGAUACUUUACAGCUAAAGCUAGAAGUAAAUUUAUUUCAAGUGCAUUGAGGAACAGUGAUAUAGAGAACUGGAGGAUUGUACCUCGCAACAACCCAGCCAGUGACUAUCCUAGUGAUUUUGAGGUGAUCCAGAUCAAUGAGAAACAGAGAGAUGGAGUGCUGACACUGGAAGAUCAUCCAAACAUCAAACGGGUAACACCCCAGAGGAAAGUCUUUCGCUCUCUCAAGUAUUUGGAGUCUGAUCGUACAUUGAACUGCAAUGAAACCAGAUGGACCCAAAAAUGGCAGUCAUCUCGUCCCCUGAGAAGAGCAAGUCUCUCCCUAGGUUCUGGAUUUUGGCAUGCAACUGGCAGACAUUCAAGCAGGCGUCUACUGAGAGCUAUACCACGGCAAGUUGCACAGACGCUUCAGGCAGAUGUGCUCUGGCAAAUGGGUUAUACAGGUGCUGGUGUAAGAGUAGCUGUCUUUGACACUGGACUCACUGAAAGACAUCCACAUUUCAAAAAUGUAAAGGAAAGAACAAACUGGACAAAUGAGAGAACCUUGGAUGAUGGCCUUGGACAUGGGACUUUUGUAGCUGGUGUGAUAGCAAGCAUGCGGGAAUGCCAGGGAUUUGCCCCUAAUGCUGAGCUGCACAUUUUUAGAGUCUUCACAAAUAAUCAGGUCUCCUAUACAUCCUGGUUUCUGGAUGCUUUUAACUAUGCCAUCUUAAAGAAGAUAGAUGUGUUAAACCUUAGUAUCGGUGGACCAGACUUCAUGGAUCAUCCUUUUGUUGAUAAGGUAUGGGAGCUGACAGCUAACAAUGUGAUCAUGGUUUCUGCUAUUGGCAAUGAUGGCCCCUUAUAUGGCACUCUCAAUAACCCUGCAGACCAGAUGGAUGUGAUUGGAGUAGGUGGAAUUGACUUUGAAGAUAAUAUUGCUCGUUUCUCAUCUAGGGGUAUGACCACUUGGGAACUUCCUGGAGGUUAUGGUAGAGUGAAGCCUGACAUUGUUACUUAUGGCUCAGGAGUAAGAGGUUCUGGUAUGAAGGGUGGCUGCCGCUCCCUAUCUGGAACAAGUGUUGCCUCUCCUGUAGUGGCAGGUGCUGUCACCUUGCUAGUCAGCACAAUUCAGAAGCGUGAAAUGGUGAAUCCAGCUAGCAUGAAGCAGGCUCUCAUUGCAUCAGCGCGUAGGCUUCCUGGCGUAAACAUGUUUGAACAAGGACAUGGCAAACUGGAUCUUCUUAGAGCUUAUCAGAUUCUCAGUAGCUAUAAACCACAGGCCAGUUUGAGUCCCAGCUAUAUUGACUUGACGGAGUGCCCCUACAUGUGGCCUUAUUGCUCCCAACCUAUUUACUAUGGAGGAAUGCCGACCAUUGUUAAUGUUACCAUUCUUAAUGGUAUGGGAGUCACUGGGAGAAUCGUAGACAAGCCAGACUGGCAGCCCUAUUUACCACAAAAUGGGGAUAAUAUUGAAGUGGCUUUCUCAUAUUCCCUGGUGUUAUGGCCUUGGUCAGGAUAUCUAGCAAUAUCCAUCUCUGUGGCAAAGAAAGCAGCAUCUUGGGAAGGCAUUGCUCAAGGUCAUGUUAUGAUCACAAUAUCAUCCCCUGCAGAAAAUGAAUCUAAAAAUGGUGCAGAACAGACUUCAACUGUGAAGCUUCCAGUAAAAGUAAAGAUUAUUCCCACCCCUCCUCGUAGUAAGCGAGUCCUUUGGGAUCAAUAUCAUAAUCUCCGUUAUCCACCAGGGUACUUCCCCAGGGAUAAUUUGAGGAUGAAGAAUGAUCCCUUAGACUGGAAUGGUGACCAUAUCCACACAAACUUCAGGGAUAUGUACCAGCACCUGAGAAGCAUGGGCUAUUUUGUUGAGGUUCUUGGUUCUCCAUUUACAUGUUUUGAUGCUAGUCAAUAUGGGACUUUAUUGAUGGUGGACAGUGAAGAAGAGUAUUUCCCUGAAGAAAUCACCAAACUGAGGAGGGAUGUUGAUAACGGACUCUCACUCAUAGUAUUCAGUGACUGGUACAAUACUUCAGUAAUGAGAAAAGUCAAGUUCUAUGAUGAAAAUACGAGGCAGUGGUGGAUGCCUGAUACUGGAGGUGCUAAUAUUCCAGCUCUCAAUGAUCUUCUUUCUGUCUGGAACAUGGCCUUUAGUGAUGGACUAUACGAAGGUGAUUUUACCAUGGCAGGCCAUGAAAUGAACUACGCAUCUGGUUGUAGUAUUGCUAAAUUUCCAGAAGAUGGCAUUGUGAUUGCACAGACUUUUAAGGACCAAGGUCUUGAAGUUUUAAAGCAAGAGACUGCUAUAAUUGAAAAUGUUCCCAUUUUGGGACUUUACCAAAUUCCUUCUGAAGGUGGAGGCAGAAUAGUACUGUACGGAGAUUCUAACUGUUUGGAUGAUAGCCAUCGGCAGAAAGACUGCUUUUGGCUGUUAGAUUCCCUUCUGCAGUAUACUUCCUAUGGAGUGAUGCCACCAAGUCUCAGUCAUUCUGAAAACAGACAGCGGCCUCCAACAGGAGCAGGCUACUCUCUUCCUGAAAGGAUGGAAGGUAAUCAUCUUCACCGGUAUUCAAAAGUGCUUGAGGCUUACUUGGGAGACCCAAAACCCCGUUCUCUUCCAGCUUGUCCUCAUUUGUCCUGGGCCAAACCACAGCCUCUGAAUGAAACUGCACCCAGCAACCUUUGGAAGCAUCAGAAGUUGUUAUCAAUUGACUUGGAUAAAGUGGCUUUACCCAACUUUCGACAAAACCGACCCCAAGUAAGACCUUUAUCCCCUGGAGAAAGUGGAGCAUGGGACAUUCCCGGAGGUAUAAUGCCUGGCCGCUAUAACCAGGAUGUGGGACAGACUAUACCUGUCUUUGCGUUUCUUGGUGCCAUGGUGGUUUUGGCAUUCUUUGUGGUGCAGAUCAACAAAGCUAAGAGCAGGCCAAAGAGGCGGAAACCGAGAGUCAAGCGACCACAGCUUAUGCAACAGGUUCAUCCACCAAAGACGCCUUCAGUUUGAUAGACCACAUUUGCCAAAGAUGAUCUUCCCUUACUAAUUGCUAUACUGGAUAGGUGGUUGCUCCUAAUAAAGAUCCAUCAGAUAUGGUGAUUUGUACUGAUGAUUCACCUAUGACAUCAUCUCAUAUUUUUUUGUUUUUUAAAAAAAGGAACUAAUUUUAUCAUAUGUAUAUAAAACUGAUUUUAAGCAGCUGAACUCACCAAAGACUUGAACACUGUUUAAAAUGCUUAGUCACUACAUAUCCCAAGAGGGAAGAAGGACCUUUUUCUUUUUCUUUUCCUUUUUUUUUUUUUAACUGACCAAACUAAAAUUUAUUUCUUUAGAGGCUAUUUUCUAUAUUUAUUGUUGGGGAGGGAAAUGUUACUUUAAGGACCUCUGCUAUUUGGAAGCAAAAACCAUUUUUUCUGGACGGAAUGCAAUUUUCUAAUACUGUAUUAUGAUGAAGAGCAAAAUUUACAUUGUUAAAGGAGGAGAGUGUAAAGUGAAAUUGGUAUAUUUGAGGGAAACAGGUACAAAUCAGCGAGACAUAGUCCUUCUGUUUAUUUUUAUAAAGCCAAUUACCAUGAUGUUUUGUAAUUUUUUGGUCAUAAUUUCACCAUUGUUGGUGGAGCAGAUUUUCAAUAAAUAUGUUACCUAUAUGAAGCU